AUGAAAAAAAUAAGUUUAUUAGUUAACGAAUUAAAACAUGUUUUCAAAAAGAAAAGUAAUAAUUUAGACCAAUCGUCUAUAUUAAAAAACAUCAAAAUACAAAACAUAUAUUCGAAUGAUAAAAUUAAUAAGAAGGAGCAUUAUAUUUAUUUUAAAGAAUAUGACAUAAAAACUAAUAAUUUUAAUUACACACAUGUGAUCAAAACAAAAAAGCUGUUUAAAAAUGGAUUCGGCAAGUAUAAAAAUGGGGUUGUAAUUACGACUAUUGGUUGUACCAUAGGCAUGAUCUUAUCUGUUUUUUUUUUAUCAUCAAAGUGGAACAUUUAUUAA